CUCUCUAUAUUUUCAAGCUAUUUCGGAUCACAACAAGUAUACUAAUUUUAAGCAUCUAAGCGACCUCACUGGAUUCUCUUAUCAUCUCCUUGCAGAUCAACCUUGUCCGUCGUCUGACUAGAAACCCGUCACCUCUGGCGGGGAGCAGCUACAUCGCGCUACAUCGUUAUACAAACCUUAGAUGCGGUCGAGGAGUCGACGGCUUGCUUAGUAAUAAUGCUUAAGCUUACGACGCCUCUUUAAAAUCUACUUUGUGAGAAGUUUAGGUCGUGAGUCGAGCCCGCCUGAUCAGCAAUGGAAACCGUGCGCGUACUUGGCUACUCGUUCCCGCCUAAAAUCACAUAUUUCCCUGUACCCAAUGAACAAAUAUCUUCGCAUAGGCAGCUCAUUCGCUGCAACAGUUCCACACCUUCAACUGUAAAAGGGGCAAUUAAAGGCCAUGAAAGGAUGAGUGGGCAGCGGCGUUUUGCAGUGCUGAGGACGGGGCAUGCAACCGAGUACACCGAGCGUAUCUACGGUGGCUAUGGUAAAAUGCUGGAAUGCCUCCUAAGAGACGGGGAUGACGAACGCUGGGACAUCUUUAACGUCAUCGAUGAUGACUUCUCCUUUGAAACCAAUAUCGAUUCUUAUGAUGGCUUCGUCAUCACCGGAAGUAGUGCCGAUGCUCAUGCCAAUGACGUUCCCUGGAUAAUCUACCUAUGUGAUAUCCUCAAACUCUUGCAUUCAAAUAAGAAGAAGCUUCUAGGGAUAUGCUUCGGUCACCAGGUCUUGGCCCGGGCGCUAGGUGGGAAAACCGGAAGGGCUUCGGUGGGAUGGGAGCUCGGCAUAAAGUCUAUUUGUGUCGAACAAAAGAUGGUAACACAACUGUAUGGGUUGGAAAUGAAGUCCCGUCUUAAUGUUAUUGAGAGCCACCGCGAUCAGGACCAAUGCACUAGGACAAUGAAGGGAAGGGGAGUAGACUUGGACGGUUGUUUGCUCUUGAGUUUGAGAAGACACCAACUUCAUCUGUUUCAUCUUAUUUACUUUCCAGCACUCAGUUCAAAAUUUGUUUGUAGGAAUAAUGAGUGGCACUUAUGGAAGAUGCCUUGGCCACCCUUUUGCUAAUAAACUAGAAUUUUUAUUUCA